CAACCUCGUCGCCCCUUGUUGUUCAAGAUCUGCAUUCCAUUGACAGCCUUUUCAACGAAACCGUUCGCUCGUUUGAUUCCAUACGUCUUUGAAUACCAACAGAAAAUAUGAGGGAAGUCGUCCACAUCCAAGCCGGACAAUGCGGUAACCAAAUCGGUGCCAAGUUUUGGGAGGUCAUGUCUGCCGAGCACGGUAUCGCAGGAGAUGGUACCUAUCACGGAGACAAUCCUCUUCAACUCCAGCGCAUCGAUGUCUACUUCCACGAAGGUAUGGAAGGGCGUUACGUGCCGCGCGCAGUCUUGACGGAUUUGGAACCAGGAACCAUGGAUUCGAUUCGUGGCGGACCUUUUGGUGACCUUUUCCGCCCGGACAACUUCGUCUUUGGACAGAGUGGAGCUGGAAACAACUGGGCAAAGGGACAUUACACUGAGGGCGCAGAACUUGUCGAUUCCGUCAUGGAGGUCAUCCGCAAGGAGAGUGAAUCCUGUGACGUGCUGCAAGGUUUCCAGCUUACUCACUCGAUGGGAGGAGGUACCGGUUCUGGAAUGGGAACUCUACUCGUCUCCAAGAUCAAGGAGGAAUAUCCCGAUCGGAUUUUGAGCACGUACAGUGUCGUUCCCUCGCCGAAGGUUUCCGACACGGUGGUCGAGCCGUAUAACGCGACUCUUUCCAUCCAUCAGCUUGUGGAGAACGCCGACCAGUGUUUCGCUUUGGACAAUGAAGCACUCUACGACAUCUGCUUCCGUACGUUGAAGCUGUCGAACCCCAGCUACGGAGACCUGAACCAAUUGAUUGCCAACGCUAUUACCGGUACCACCUGCUCGCUCCGUUUCCCCGGACAGCUCAACUGUGACCUUCGCAAACUUGCCGUCAACAUGGUCCCCUUUCCACGUCUCCAUUUCUUCCUUGUCGGAUUCGCGCCUUUGACAGCCGCGGGAUCGCAAAGCUUCCGAGUUUUGACCGUCCCUGAGCUCACUCAACAAGCCUUUGAUGCCAAGAACAUGAUGUGUGCAGCCGACCCCCGUCACGGACGUUACCUCACCUGUGCCAUGAUGUUCCGUGGUACCAUGUCCAGCAAGGAAGUCGACGAUCAAAUGCUUCAGAUGGUCAGCAAGAAUUCUUCCUACUUUGUCGAGUGGAUCCCGAACAACUUGAAGGCUUCGAUUUGUGAUAUUCCUCCCAAAGGACUGGCCAUGUCUAGUGUCUUCAUCGGAAAUUCCACUGCGAUUCAGGAAGCCUGGAAGCGAGUUGCCGAUCAGUUCACAGUAAUGUUCCGUCGUAAGGCUUACUUGCACUGGUACACUGGCGAAGGUAUGGACGAAAUGGAGUUCACGGAGGCUGAAUCCAACUUGAACGAUCUCGUGUCCGAGUACCAGCAAUACCAGGACGCCACUGCUGACGAAGAGGAUAUUUCCGGGGAUUUCGAGGAUGAGGGUGCCUACGGCGAAUAAGCGCGUGCUCAAAGAGCUUCGCUUACGUAAAGUAGCAGUGGCUCCUUGUGAAAAAAAGUCUCGUCUUUCAUGACGCAUGCGUGUGGGAAACCGGAAUGGAAAAUGAUGGUGUGUUUCCGUGUGCAGCAAUAUCAAAAUAACGGACCUACUCUAUUUUAGCGGCGGUUUAUUAAC